UAAUUAGCCGCGGUGCAUGCCGGGAAUAUGGAACCACGUGCGCAUGCGUUGGGUAGCUUUCUAAGAACAUAGGCUUCAACAAACGCUGCCGAACGGGCUUUUUUUUUGCGAUUUGAGACGUUUUUACAAGUUUAGAGGGAUUAUGAAAGGAUACUACGACAGACGUCAGUCAAAAAGGGAAUUAAGGGGCAAAAUGUGUGAUAUGGGAAGCACCGAUACGUUGAUAAAAAGCAGAAUUGUUGGAGAGAACGACUGUGUGAGGAUGGACUGUAGACUUGGUGUUGAAGGAGGGGGGGGGUGAACACUGAACAAAAACUUGCCAAUGGUUCGCCCAUGGACACCAGUAACACCGGUGUAUGCCUGCUCAGAACGUGGACGAGUAUUCCACCGAAGUAAAGAUGGAGGAUACAGCUAUCGUGAGAAAGGCUCAGUCUGCGGGAGGACCGGACGGUUCCCCCGAGGUGGACCAGGGCAGGCCCACGGUCAGCAGCGAGCCAUGGCUGGGACUCAAGGAUUUUAUGAAGAGGGUGCCGAUUGUUCGUAGUUUGGACCUGCUGAGUGGUGGAGACAAAGGAGAUGGGAAGGAGAAGGAGAUGAGACAGGAGCUGGAACGGCUUGUGAAGCUGCUCAGAGCUUCAAUUGACUCAAAGACGGCAGGGUUCAAGCGCAUCAACAAGGAGUGGAAUGAGGCACUGAAGGAACUGCGUCGUGCGUUCAAGAAGGCCGACAAGUUCCACAAGAGGUACCGUAAGACCAUGUCUCGUCUGGAGAAGAUGGGGUACAUCAUUCCCCCUGCUCCUCAGCCACAAGAAGCACCUCACAGGAGGGCAAGCUUGGAUGCGGUGACGCCAUCAGCAGAGACGCGCACCUCUGACAUGAGUCUGGUCAUGGAGCUUCGCCGUGCCGCGUCCAGCCUCUACCAGAUCCAGACCGCCGACGGAGUGUCGGGCAGUGGUGAGACUGCUGACAAGCUGCCAGCAGCAGAGGGACGUACUCCAUCCCUCCCCACAGUCCCAGAGCCGACUGCAGUGUCUUCUGAGGAGAACCUAGAGGAGAUGAGACAGGAGCUGGAACGACUUGUGAAGUUGAUGCGAGCUUCGAUCGACUCAAAGACGGCAGGGUUCAAGCGCAUCAACAAGGAGUGGGGUGAGGCGUUGAAGGAACUGCGGCGCGCAUUCAAGAAGGCGGAAAAGUUCCACAAGAGGUACCGUAAGACUAUGGCUCAUCUGGAGAAGAUGGGGUACAUCAUUCCACCUGCUCCUCAGCCACAAGAAGCAAUCCACAGGAGGAGGGCCAGCGUAGAUGUGACCACGUCAUCAGCAGAGACGUGCACCUCUGACACGAGCCUGGUCAUCGAGCUUCGCCGUGCCGUGUCCAGCCUGUAUGGGAUCCAGAGCGUUGACGGAGUGUCGGCCAUGUCGACUGACACAGACAAGCAGAGAUCCACUGCUGCUGAGAGAGCAUCCACCAUGUCUGCUGACAGAGUGUUGGCCAUGUCGACUGACACGGACAAGCAGAGAUCCACUGCUGCUGAGGGAGCGUCCACCAUGUCUGCUGACAGAGUGUCAGCCAUGUCUGAUGACAUCGACCGACUCUCCUUCGCGACGGGCCGAGAAAAUCCACCCUUCUAUGACGACCCGGACAACCUCUGGCUCACGUGGCCCUGGAUGUUCACUAAGUCUAGAUCUGGUGCUAAGGAUGACAGCAUGCACAGCGACACCACCAGCCUGUCUUCUACUGACUCAUUUGCCACAGCAGUAUCUGAGCUGAUGGACCUGGAUGACCAUCACGGAGAGUCCACUGCCCACGAACAGGCCAGCGAGGUGAUCCUGCAGAGCUCUGCCUCCACUCAGAAGAAGUCCAAACUGCAGAGACUGAAGAAGUGGAUCCAGCGCAAGGGCCGCAGCUUCUGCAACAAGAUCCGCUGCCGCUAAGCUAAGAUCUGCCGGGGUACACUGUUAAUUCACUUCUAAUUGUUAUCAUGUGACAUGUUUAAAAGAUUUUGUGUAAUAACUAUGCAGUCAGGUACAUGGACAGAAAUUUGUGUUAACUGUAACCUAAAAAGACAAAAGGAACAUAGUGGCAGGAAAGACCAACAAGCUUGACAUAUUGCCAAGUGUGUACUAAAGCCCUCUGUUCCAAAGAAAAAAUUAAAAAAAGCUAAAAA